ACGAGCUUGUAAAUCUUGCAGAGAGAAUGUUGUACAAUCAAAAACACCGGCACAAAGCAAAAGUUUAUUGUGUGAAGACAUUACAGCGAGACACUAAGGAGCGUUUAAAAUACGUUGCAAUUUUCGCCGUUCGCAAAUGGCCAAUUCAAAAGAAAAGAUCUCGCCAGAUUCGAAGCAAGCAUGGUUAAUGUUGGCCAUCAUAGCGUUCUCAGUAUUCUCAAACAGCGGCUUACAACUGUCGUUCGGGACUAUCUUGGGAGCUUUAGUAAAUGAAUUCGGCGAAUCCAAAAGCAAGACAGCAUGGGUGGGAACAUUGGUGUCAUUCUUCAGCAUGGCCCUAUCUCCCGUCACAAUCCUUUUGGCCAAUCGACAUGGCAUACAUGUCACACAGUUUCUUGGUGGUGUAUUCCUGACAGUUGGAGCAGUGACCACAUCAAUGAUGAAUACCAUUAAUUACAUGUACUUAACUUAUGGUGUUUUACUUGGUAUCAGUGGGGCACUAAUCUAUGCACCAGCCUUUGCUACAAUACCAGAACUGUUUACAAAAUACGUCUCCAUAGCAACAGGCCUAACCUCCGCAGGUUCUAUGAUUGGAUUGAUAUUCUUCUCCUCGAUACUUCCCAUGCUCCUUGAGGAGUUUGGUUGGAACAAAGCAUUGUGGUGCGUGGCAGGAUUUGGACCAUUGAUAAGUGCCACUGCACUUAUUCUUUCACGCAAUAUAAUUACAACACGAGAUGCUUGCGAAGAGAAAAAAGAGAAAGUAGACUUGGAAGUACAAGUGCCAUGGUGGAAAAGUGUGAAGAAGAAAGCCUAUGUUCUAUUUACCAUUUCUUCAGUGUUGUUUGCAUUAGUUGAGCUAGUUCCUAUUUUUAUUAUGCCAAUCUGUGCAACUGAAUCAGGAAUACCUUUGGCAAAAACAAACUGGCUAAAUAUAGCAUAUGGCUUUGGCAGUCUUAUGGGACGUAUCAUCUCAGGACCAAUAACUCAACCAUUAUUUCGACGUGACAAAAGCAAAUACUUGUACCUUACUUGCCUGAUCCUUUACAGUCUUUUCUCUUUUGUUGUAUCCAUGACUAUCAAGUUUGAAUACUUAUUAUCCUAUAUGAUUGUUGUUGGUCUUAUCAAUGGGGUUAUGGCGGGUCUUUUCUUCCUCGUGACACUUGAAGUAGUUGGCUUUCAGAGUUAUGCCACGACUUGUGGACUGAAUCUAGCAGUUUGUGGAUUGGCAUAUACAAUAGGUGCCCCACUAGCAGGUAUUCUUUAUGAAAGUUUCAAUAGCAUUCAGUGUUUGCUUUUGGCUGUUGCUGGAACAACAUUGCUUUCUGGAAUAUUUGCCGCACUAACACCAUAUGUAACACCACAUGGCACCUACAAACUUCAUCAAAGUGACUAUGAUUUCUGGCGUGUGUAUUGUAACAGCCCAAACAUUAAAAAGAGAAGUCCAAGACAAGAUAGAGCAUUCACAAUUGCCUCAUUGGCAGAUGAAUUUCAUGCCCAAGACAACCUCGCAUAUCAACCAGAAACAUUAUCAGAGUCUAAACAUACUUCAAACUCAGUUUCAGUGCAAUCAGCAGGGUGAUGGUCUAUUACAAAUUGAAGAGCAUCGUUGUAUUAAACGCAUACGACAGUUUCUACAAGACGUUCGUGGUUAUGUAUUUAUAUAAAUGUACAGAGACUUUAUGGAAGGCUUUAUUUAUUUUAUAAAUAACAAAGACGACGUUUUUAAGUCAAGCCAUAAAAAAAUAAUAGAAUUUUAAAUUUCAA